GGUUCUGGAAUCAGGGUUCUGGGCUGGGACUGACUGCUGGCGGGGGAACAGCGUCUAAGUGGGAGAGGACCUCCUGAUUUUGGGGCUUGCCAGGAUGGGGCCCCUGAGGCUCAGCCCAGGACCCCGGGGGCAGCGGUUGCUGCUGCCCCCUUCGCUGCUGGCGCUGCUGCUCCUGCUGGCUCCAUCCCCGGGCCAGGCCACACGGGUCGUGUACAAGGUGCCGGAGGAGCAGCCACCCAACACCCUCAUCGGGAGCCUUGCCGCCGACUACGGCUUCCCUGACGUGGGCCAUCUGUACAAGCUAGAGGUAGGCGCUCCCUACCUUCGCGUGGAUGGCAAGACGGGUGACAUUUUCACCACCGAGACCUCCAUUGACCGCGAGGGGCUGCAUGAGUGCCAGAACCAGCUCCCUGGUGAGCCCUGCAUCCUGGAGUUUGAGGUGUCUAUCACAGACCUCGUGCAGAACGGCAGUCCCCGGCUGCUGGAGGGCCAGAUCGAGGUGCAGGACAUCAACGACAACACACCAAACUUCGCCUCACCCGUCAUCACUCUGGCCAUCCCCGAGAACACCAACAUCGGCUCUCUCUUCCCCAUCCCGCUGGCUUCGGACCGUGAUGCAGGCCCCAACGGAGUGGCGUCCUACGAGCUGCAGGCUGGGCCCGAGGCCCAGGAGCUCUUUGGACUGCAGGUGGCGGAGGACCAGGAGGAGAAGCAGCCCCAGCUGAUUGUGAUGGGCAACCUGGACCGUGAGCGCUGGGACUCCUACGACCUCACCAUCAAGGUGCAGGAUGGCGGCAGCCCCCCACGAGCCAGCAGCGCCCUGCUGCGUGUCACCGUGCUCGACACCAAUGACAACGCCCCCAAGUUCGAGCGGCCCUCCUAUGAGGCUGAACUGUCUGAGAAUAGCCCCAUAGGCCACUCUGUCAUCCAGGUGAAGGCCAAUGACUCGGACCAAGGCGCCAAUGCAGAGAUCGACUACACAUUCCACCAGGCGCCCGAGAUCGUAAAGCAUCUUCUGCGACUGGACAAGAACACUGGACUUAUCACCGUUCAGGGCCCUGUGGAUCGUGAGAACUUAAGCACCCUGCGCUUCUCAGUGCUCGCCAAGGACCGGGGUGCCAAUCCCAAGAGUGCCCGUGCCCAGGUGGUUGUGACUGUGAAGGAUAUGAAUGACAACGCCCCCACCAUCGAGAUCCGGGGCAUAGGACUAGUGACCCAUCAAGACGGGAUGGCCAACAUCUCGGAGGAUGUGACAGAGGAGACAGCUGUGGCCCUGGUGCAGGUAUCCGACCGAGACGAGGGAGAGAAUGCAGCUGUUACCUGUGUGGUUGCGGGAGAUGUGCCCUUUCAGCUACGCCAAGCCAGCGAGACGGGCAGCGACAGCAAGAAGAAGUACUUUCUGCAGACCACCACCCCACUUGACUAUGAGAAGGUCAAAGACUAUACCAUCGAGAUUGUGGCUGUGGACUCUGGCAACCCCCCGCUCUCCAGCACCAACUCCCUCAAGGUGCAGGUGGUGGACGUCAACGACAACGCCCCUGUGUUCACCCAGAGCGUCACUGAGGUCGCCUUCCCAGAAAACAACAACCCUGGGGAAGUGGUCGCUGAGGUCACUGCCAGUGAUGCCGACUCUGGCUCCAAUGCCGAGCUGGUGUACUCUUUGGAGCCUGAGCCAGCAGCCAAGGGCCUCUUCACCAUCUCACCUGAGACUGGAGAGAUCCGGGUAAAGACAUCCCUGGAUCGGGAGCAGCGGGACAGCUACGAGUUGAAGGUGGUGGCAGCUGACCGGGGCAGCCCUAGCCUCCAGGGCACAGCCACUGUCCUCGUCAAUGUGCUAGACUGCAAUGACAAUGACCCCAAAUUUAUGCUGAGUGGCUACAACUUCUCUGUGAUGGAGAACAUGCCCGCGCUGAGUCCAGUGGGCAUGGUGACUGUCAUUGAUGGGGACAAGGGGGAGAAUGCCCGGGUGCAACUCUCUGUGGAACAGGACAAUGGUGACUUUGUUAUCCAGAAUGGCACAGGCACCAUCCUCUCCAGCCUGAGUUUUGAUCGAGAGCAACAGAGUACCUACACCUUCCAGCUGAAGGCGGUGGACGGUGGCAUCCCACCUCGCUCAGCUUACGUUGGUGUCACCAUCAAUGUGCUGGAUGAGAAUGACAAUGCGCCCUUUAUCACCACACCCUCCAAUACCUCCCACCGGCUGCUGACCCCUCAAACGCGCCUUGGCGAAACGGUCAGCCAGGUGACGGCUGAGGACAUUGACUCUGGUGUCAAUGCUGAGCUGACCUACAGCAUCGCUGGCGGCAACCCUUACGGACUUUUCCAGAUUGGGUCGCACUCAGGUGCCAUCACCCUGGAGAAGGAGAUUGAGCGGCGCCACCACGGGCUCCACCGCCUGGUGGUGAAGGUCAGUGACCGUGGCAAGCCUCCACGCUAUGGCACGGCCUUGGUCCACCUCUAUGUCAAUGAGACUCUGACCAACCGCACGCUGCUGGAGACCCUCCUGGGCCACAGCCUGGACACACCACUGGAUAUUGACAUUGCCGGGGAUCCAGAAUAUGAACGCUCCAAGCAGCGUGGCAACAUCCUCUUUGGCGUGGUGGCCGGCGUGGUGGCCGUGGCCUUGCUCAUCGCCCUGGCGGUCCUCGUGCGUUACUGCCGGCAGCGGGAGGCCAAGAGCGGCUACCAGGCUGGGAAGAAGGAGACCAAAGACCUGUAUGCCCCCAAGCCCAGCGGCAAAGCCUCCAAGGGAAACAAGAGCAAGGGCAAGAAGAGCAAGUCCCCGAAGCCCGUGAAGCCCGUGGAGGACGAGGACGAGGCUGGUCUGCAGAAGUCCCUCAAGUUCAACCUGAUGAGUGAUGCCCCUGGCGACAGUCCCCGCAUUCCCCUGCCCCUCACCCCCCCGGGCAGCCCAGCCCUGGGCCGCCACUACCGCUCCAACUCCCCGCUGCCUUCCAUCCAGCUGCAGCCCCAGUCACCCUCGGCCUCCAAGAAGCACCAGGUGGUGCAGGACCUGCCACCUGCAAACACAUUCGUGGGCACCGGGGACACCACAUCCACGGGCUCUGAGCAGUACUCCGACUACAGCUACCGUACCAACCCCCCCAAAUACCCCAGCAAGCAGUUACCUCACCGCCGUGUCACCUUCUCGGCCACCAGCCAGGCCCAGGAGCUGCAGGACCCAUCCCAGCACAGUUACUAUGACAGUGGCCUGGAGGAGUCUGAGACACCAUCCAGCAAGUCAUCCUCGGGGCCUCGGCUCGGUCCCUUGGCCCUGCCCGAGGACCACUACGAGCGCACCACCCCUGAUGGCAGCAUUGGGGAGAUGGAGCACCCUGAGAACGACCUUCGCCCUUUACCUGAUGUCGCCAUGACGGGCACGUGUACCCGGGAGUGCAGUGAGUUUGGCCACUCUGACACAUGCUGGAUGCCUGGCCAGUCGUCUCCCAGCCGCCGGACCAAGAGCAGCGCCCUCAAACUCUCCACCUUCGUGCCUUACCAGGACCGAGGAGGGCAGGAGCCUGCGGGCGCCGGCAGCCCCAGCCCCCCGGAAGACCGGAACACCAAAACGGCCCCCGUGCGCCUCCUGCCCUCCUACAGUGCCUUCUCCCACAGUAGCCAUGAUUCCUGCAAGGACUCAGCCACCUUGGAGGAAAUUCCCCUGACCCAGACCUCGGACUUCCCACCCGCAGCCACACCGGCAUCUGCCCAGACGGCCAAGCGCGAGAUCUACCUGUGAGCCCCCUUCUGGCCGGCUGGCAGCCCCUUCCCCAGCCGCCGGCCAGCCCCCAAAUGGGCCCGUUCCUGGGCUCCCACCCUUGACCCCUCCAGCGUGGACUUCCUGGCCAGGGCCCCAAGUGGGGUGGGGAGUACUGGCCUCAUGAUCACGCUGCCCUUCUCCCAGGCAGGGUCCAGGUCCUCUUCCCUCAUUUCCAUCCCCCAGGAGCCCUCCCUUCCCUUUCUUGGGGCUCCCCCCAACCGAUGCCCAAGAGGGCUCCUCUACAAUGACUGGGCUCUCUUCCCUAGACCUCCAGGGAGCACCCCUCGAUUUGGGCAGAUGGUGGAGUCAAGGGUGGGCAGUACGCUUUCAACUCACUGUUUCCCGCAUGGCUGGCCGGGGGGCGGCUGGCAUGCCCGAUGUUAGCCCUGAAGCAGGGCUGAGCAGGGGAGCCCCCUCCCUGGGAACUCCCAGAGGAAACUUGACCGCCAGGGACUCCCUGAAGGGCUUUAGUUACCAAAGGUGGGAUGGGGAUGGGAGUGGAGCAGAGGCCUGGUCUUCCCUUCCUGCUCCUGGGCUGGCCCACCUGCCUGCCACAUGCCCACACCCAGUCCCAUCCGCCCCCCCCCGUCCCCUGCUGGUCAUGCAGUGUCUGUAUAUAAGGACCUUGGAAUGACGUCCCCAUUUCUGCCUGAUUUGCAACUUUUCUCGUUGAUGUUGUGUUGUCUUGGGGGACCCCUGGAGGGGGGACCUGCCCUGUGCCCCCUCCUCCCUGCCGCAGUGCUCCCCCACCCCAGGCCUCUAUUGUUCCAUGUUGUAAAUACCCCUGGGGCCGUGGUGGGACGGGGGUGCAGGCCAGGGAAACAAUGGGUGGGGGGGGCGGGGUCACAUUCGCCUAUCAGCAGAGCUGGGCUUUUAUUUAAUUUUUUUUAAAAAUA